CACCGAUCAAACGGAAAGAGCCGAAGAUGUCGGUUGGGUCAUGUGGUCAGCUGUGUCCAAUCACAGCUGAUCGCGAGCUGUCGCGCUGACAGCUCGAGAGGAGAGGAGAGCUGGAAAUCAGCAUUCCUCAGAGGGGACAUCUACACUGAUCAUCAGGGCACUGAUGAUCAGUGUGCCCUGAUGAUCUGUGUAGCCCCAGCAGUGCCACCUGUCAGUGCCCAUCAAUGCCAGCUGUCAGUGCUCAUCAAUGCCACCUUCCGGUGCCUCAUCAAUGCCACAUAUCAGUGCCUACCAGUGCACAUCAAUGCCACAUAUCAGUGCCUACCAGUGCACAUCAAUGCUACAUAUCAGUGCCCAUCUGAGCUGCCUUUCAGUGUCACCUAUCAG